GGCCGGGGGCGGGCGGGGGCGGGGGCCGGCGCCGGGGCCGCGCCCUCCGGGCCACUCCCCAGGCCGAGCAGGCGGCGGCGGCGGCCAAGGCGGCGACCAGGGCUGCUCUCACACGCGCUGCGCCCGCGCCCGGCCCCGGGGUCCCCGCGCACCCCAUGUCCUCCGCACCGCUGCGCUCGCCCGCCUCGCGGCCGCACAGGAUGAAGAAGGACGAGUCGUUCCUGGGCAAGCUGGGCGGCACGCUGGCGAGGAAGAAGAAGGCCAAGGAGGUGAGCGACCUGCAGGAAGAAGGCAAAAAUGCCAUCCACGCGCCCAUGUCGCCUGCCUCGGUGGAGAUUCACCCCGAAGACACCCAGCUCGAGGAGAACGAGGAGCGCACGGUGAUCGACCCCACCUCCAGGGAUGACCCCAGAUUCAAGGAGCUGCUCAAGGUUCUCAUCGACUGGAUCAACGACGUCCUGGUGGAGGAGAGGAUCAUUGUGAAGCAGCUGGAGGAGGACCUGUACGACGGCCAGGUGCUGCAGAAGCUCCUGGAAAAACUGGCAGACUGCAAGCUGAAUGUGGCCGAGGUGACCCAGUCUGAAAUAGCAAAGCAGAAGCUGCAGGCGGUGCUGGAGGCGGUGCAGGACCUGCUUCGGCCCCACGGCCGGGCGCUCCAGUGGACCGUGGACUCGAUUCACGGGAAGAACCUGGUGGCCAUUCUCCACCUCCUUGUGGCCCUGGCCACGCACUUCCGGGCCCCGAUCCACCUUCCAGAACACGUCUCCGUGCAAGUGGUGGUGGUGCGGAAGCGGGAAGGCAUGCUGCACUCCAGCCACGUGACGGAGGAGCUGACCACGACCACAGAGAUGAUGAUGGGCCGGUUUGAGCGGGACGCCUUCGACACGCUCUUCGACCACGCCCCGGACAAGCUCAGUGUGGUGAAGAAGUCUCUCAUCACGUUUGUGAACAAGCACUUGAACAAGCUGAAUUUGGAGGUGACGGAACUAGAGACCCAGUUUGCAGAUGGUGUGUACCUGGUUCUGCUCAUGGGUCUGCUGGAAGACUACUUCGUACCCCUGCACAACUUCUACCUGACCCCCGACAGCUUCCCCCAGAAGGUCCAUAAUGUGUCGUUUGCCUUUGAGCUGAUGCUGGACGGAGGGCUUAAGAAACCCAAGGCUCGACCCGAAGACGUGGUGAACCUGGACCUGAAAUCCACACUGAGGGUUCUUUACAACCUGUUCACCAAGUACAAGCACCUGGAGUGACAGCGGAGCAGAGACCGCGGUGGGGGGGGCUGUGCCGGCUCUGCCCCCCUCCCCCCGAGCCCCCCCCCUCCUGUCGUUCCCCACCCCCACGCUCCCUUUCUCUGGUUGUGACACUCUUGUCUCCUUCCUCGUCUGCUGCGGCGGGAUCCUUUGAAAUGCACGUUCCAAACACCAGUGCCUGAGUUGGCAGCCUCUCUUUACCUGGGGGGUGCUGAGCCCCAUGCCGUCGGCCUUGAUCUAAAGGUGGAAAGGAAAAAAAGCGGGCACCCCACCCCUCCGCCCUGGGAGGGGCCGUCAGCGAUCACAGGGGCUCCAAAGGCACAGGCAGCUUUGCAGCCGCGGUGAUGGCUUGUCUGUCCUGCCCGCAUCCCCUGGGCCGGGCUCUCCUCGGAAGCAAGGCUUUUUUAAAAAGGUUUUAAAUGUGAAAAGCAUGUUGCAGUUUUCAAAACGCCCCCUUAAGUCCCAGAAGCUUUAGCUGUGACAGGGCUGUCCGCUCCCCCCCUUCCCCCCACCCCCGGCCACUCAGCGUGUGUUCAUUUUGCUGCAUAGACAUCUGGGACCCCGAGGGCCCGGCCGCCACGGUCCAGGGAGGAGAGGUUUCUGAGGCGUUUCUUUAUUCCUGCCACGGCUGAGAGGGCUGUGUCGGAGCUGCAUCUGAACUGCAGGCGGAGGGGCUGCCUGGGAAGUUUCCAGCCCCAGGGGCCCUCUCUGGGGGUGGGGAUGCACUUGAAAAACACCUUUAAACCAGCCGGGCGUGUUCGUUUGCUCAGGCUGCCGUAACAAAGGGCCGCCGACUGGGGUCCCGGACUGGAGGCUGGGAGUUGAGGUCAAGGUGAUCCGAGCCUUGCUCCUUGGCUCGGGGACGCCGUCUCCACCCUGUCUCUUCACAUCUUCCCUCCGGGUCCGAGUCCUCGUCACUGCUUAUGAGGACACCAAUCAAGACCCUGGGCCCCAAAUACGGUUGCGUUUGAAGUCCUGGGGUUAGGACCGCGGCGUGCGGGUUCUGGGGGUUCAGCUCCGCCCCUAACAGGGGAUGUGACUGUUACCCCUCCCCCUGCCCCACCCCGACUCCUAGCUUCCAGCGCCCCAUCGGCAUCCUUGGGGCGCCCACCUUGGCUCAGGAGAGAAGUGAGGACCCAUCCGCCAGGGCUCAGGUGGUCCUAGGCUGGGUCACCCCACCCCCAACCCCGGGCUCCGGAGCUGGGACUUUGAUGCCACCCCUGAGCUCCCCCAGCAAGAUGGGCCUCUCUCUUCUCUUUGAUGUUGGCCUUCCUGCUACCGAACAGAGCUGUCGAGUAAGUUGUUAAUAUGGCACUGAAUACCGACGCUCAAGACUGAGAAACCAGUCUAAUAUUCUGUGUUUGCUCCGGCGGCUGCCAGGCUGGGGGUGGGUUCAGAAGAGCUGUUUUGACGGAGGUAGCUACCCAGCAGGGGAAAGAAAUAAUAAACGGCAUUACGGCGUCUCCCGCGGGAUGCGGCGACAUGAAAGGACCACGGUGACAAAAUAGCCGAGGCUGGAACAUCCUGUGCCUUCCUUACACGCAGCAUCUCCGUGACCGGCUGAUGGAGACCGAGUCACCUGCCUUGUCACGUGGGCUUGGCGAGGGCCUGAUUCCUGGGGGCCGAGGGGUGGGCGUGGGGAGGGGCUGAAGGAGGUGAGGUGGGGGUGGGAUCGGAAAGAAGCCUGGGGUCUUCAGCCCCGGUGGGCGGCCCUGGUCUAUUCCACACCCUGGAGGGAGGGUGGGGGUGGGGUGGGGAGUUCAGCUUCCGGCCAGGAGCCCACCUCACGCUCUUCGUGUCUCACGUAGGAGAGAAACAGGGGCGAAAGAUAGGUGGGAAGAUUGUACGUGGGCACUUUGGUCUCCAAAUGCUGAUUUAAGGCCGUAUGCCAACCAAGGAGUGAGUUGGCAUCCCCGUUUUUCCAAGUUGGUGCAGUGGUAUCCCUGUGCCUCCCGCCCACUGGUGGGCCCCCUCGGGCUGCACGCAUCUCGAUUCCCUCCCUUCCAGGCUGGCUUGAACCAGAGGUGAGAGCAAGGCCUGGACAGAUACUUGUGGGGGGCGGUGCUCCGGGCAGAGGUCAGGGGGGACUCUGCUCGAGGCCGAUCCCUCCUCUGGGGAUUCGCCCAUCCUCCCUCUUACCUUGGGGACAAGAGCUGUCUAGGCAGGUGUUUCGGGGCGGGGAUGGCCCCUCCGUGGAGUGCCACACGCUGGGGCAUCUCGUGGGCAGCAGGAACAGCUUGCUUUUGAUGCUCCUUGGCGUGCAGAGGCUUCCCUCUGAGCCCUUGAUUGAGGAAGGUUCUGGAAGCCUUCCUCCUCAGCUGCCUCCCAUUUCCAGUGAAUUGUUUUGCCCCCGGAAGUGGGACCAUCUUUCUCAGGGACUGUGAAACCAGGAUCAUAUGCACCCGUGUGGCCACGGGCUGGCAGCGAACCACUCGCCUCCUCGUAUCCUUUGGGUGGUGUGUCUUUGACACCACCCCCGCCCCCGCCCAGUUUGGGGAGCCUGCUGGCAGCUCUGGUCCUCUCAAACAACCAGCAAGCACUGACCCUGGAGCCCCUUGUUCCCAGAUGUGACGCAGAGCUGUGUGGCUUUUUUUUUUUUUUUUUUCCUUUUUAGGGUUGCACCUGUGGCAUAUGGACGUUCCCAGGUUAAUCAGAGCUGCAGCUGCCAGCCUGCACCCCAUCCAUCGCAACACCGGAUGCCAGCUGUGUCUGCGCCCUUCCCGCAGCUCACAGCAGCACCGGAUCCUUAACCCACUGAGCGAGGCCAGGGAUGGAACCUGCAUCCUCAUGGUUACUAGCCGGGUUUGUAUCCACGGAGCCACAAUGGAAACUCCCAGAGCUGUGUUUUUUUAAAGCGACCGAAUCCUCUUCCCCAACCUGUGUGUCAGUAUUUUAUUGUCUUUAAUUGUUGUAAGCCGUGUUUACGUAGGAUUUCUGGAUAUUAAAUAAAAGCCACUGGAACCCUGGCUGUCUUGUGGACCU